AUGGAGUUCCUCUGGGCCUCUCUCUUGGGUCUGUGCUGCAGUCUGGCCGCUGCUGACCGCCACACCGUCUUCUGGAACAGUUCAAACCCCAAGUUUUGGAAUGAGGACUACACAAUACACGUGCGGCUAGAUGACUACCUGGACAUCAUCUGCCCUCAUUACGAGGACGACUCUGUGGCGGACGCGGCCAUGGAGCAGUACACACUGUACCUGGUGGAGCACGAGCAGUACCAGCUAUGCCAGCCCCAAUCCAGGGACCACGUCCGCUGGUUCUGCAACAGCCCCAAGGCCAGGCAUGGCCCGGAGAAGCUGUCCGAGAAGUUCCACCGCUUCACAGGCUUUACCCUGAGCAAGGAUUUCAAAGAGGGACACAGCUACUACUACAUCUCCAAACCCAUGCACCACCAGGAAGACCGCUGCUUGAAGUUGAAGGUUUUCAUCGAUGGCAAAAUCACUCGCAGCCCUCAGGCCCAUGCCAAUGCACAAGAGAAGAGACUUCCAGCAGAUGACCCGGAGGUGCAGGUUCUGCAUAGCAUCGGUCACAGCGCCGCCCCUCGCCUCUUCCCACUAGCCUGGGCUGUGCUGCUCCUGCCAUUCCUGCUGCUGCAAAUCCUAUGA